AGGAUGCUCCUCUCUCAAACCCGCUGCCAUCUCAGUGGUGGAAAUGCUGGAGUUGGGGAGGGUCGACUUUGAGGUGACAUUGACGCUAUGUAGAUGAGAGUGAGGAUCCUGCGCUCAAUGUUACGUCCCUGCUCGCUUCAACUCAGACGGCGGCAGCUCCUUUCCCCGUCUUCUCUCCCCUCCUCUCUUUCAGCACCACUCCUUUAAGGACAGCACCUCGCUCUCAAACACGCAUUUGUCCUCCAUCCUCACCCCCCAGGAUCAUAAUUACUGGCUGGCGUCGGAUGCAAAGUUUUCGUCUUGGUUUUAUUCUGUAGAAGUGCAAGGAAAUAACUUUUCAAAACAAAAAUUUCCAUCGUUUUUCCCAUCGGGGAAAUAAUCAGGCAAACAAAAGGAUUGUAUUGAUCCUCGACCACUGCUGAGCUGCCUCUUCCUUUGCUCCUUAGUCGUUUGAUCACCCAGAUUCUGCGGCUCUCCUCUCAUCACCAGUCCUAGGAUCUACGUGUACGGGACGGAGAAACUGCUGUCUGCCUGGACCGGUGCUGAAACCCCCCUCCCCUCUCCACUGGUCAGGGCUACUCGACACGCACACUGACCAUGGCCACCAACGGGACCAAAGCUGCGGAUGGGCACGUCUUGACAGAGACGGUGAAUGACGCGCCCACCACCACGCCUAACGACAAACCCAAAACCUUGGUGGUGAAAGUGCAGAAGACGAAAAAGGAGAUACCUGAGAGAGAAACAUGGGCUGGGAAAUUUGAUUUUCUUCUCUCUUGUGUUGGAUACGCAAUCGGACUCGGAAAUGUCUGGAGAUUUCCUUAUUUAUGUGGAAAAAACGGAGGAGGGGCCUUCUUGAUUCCCUACUUUUUGACCCUCAUAUUUGCUGGCAUGCCCUUGUUCUUUCUGGAGACGGCUCUCGGUCAGUACACUUCUAUUGGUGGGCUUGGAGUGUGGAAACUGGCCCCAAUGUUCAAAGGUGUGGGCCUGGCUGCUGCUGUUCUCUCCUUCUGGCUCAAUAUCUAUUACAUUGUAAUCAUUUCCUGGGCUCUUUAUUAUCUGUACAACUCCUUCACUACUGAGCUGCCAUGGCAGACUUGUGGCAAUGCUUGGAACACAGACCGUUGCUACACCAACUACAGCAUCCCAGACACCUCUAACCUCACUAGCGCUGUGGUGGAGUUCUGGGAACGUAACAUGCACCAGCUGACCGAUGGUCUGGAGAAGCCCGGGGAGGUCAGGAUCCCACUGGCUAUUACGCUCGCUAUUGCAUGGGUGCUUGUCUAUUUCUGUAUCUGGAAGGGAGUCAGCUGGACUGGAAAAGUGGUUUACUUCUCGGCCACAUACCCUUAUUUUAUGCUGUUCAUCCUGUUUUGUCGUGGCAUCUCUCUUCCUGGAGCUUUUGAUGGAAUCCUCUUUUAUAUCACUCCAGACUUUGACAAACUUAAGCAGUCUGAGGUGUGGCUGGAUGCUGCCACUCAGAUCUUCUUUUCCUAUGGACUAGGGUUAGGUUCUCUGAUUGCUCUGGGAAGCUAUAAUCCCUUCAACAACAACGUAUACAGAGAUUCUGUCAUUGUCUGCUGCAUCAACUCCUUCACCAGCAUGUUUGCUGGCUUUGUCAUCUUCUCUAUUGUUGGAUUCAUGGCCAACGUAACAAAGAGACCCAUCGCCGAUGUGGCAGCCUCAGGACCUGGUUUGGCCUUUUUGGCUUAUCCUGAGGCCGUCACCCAGCUGCCCAUCUCUCCUCUCUGGGCCAUCCUGUUUUUCUCCAUGCUGUUGAUGUUGGGGAUUGACAGCCAGUUCUGUACUGUGGAAGGCUUCAUCACUGCACUGGUUGAUGAAUUCCCUCAGGUUCUCAGAAAACGCAGAGAAAUCUUCAUUGCAGUUGUCUGCCUUGUUUCUUACAUCAUUGGACUGUCCAACAUCACACAGGGUGGUCUGUACGUGUUCAAACUAUUUGACUACUAUUCAGCCAGUGGAAUGUCGUUGCUCUUCCUCGUCUUCUUUGAGUGCAUCUCAAUUUCAUGGUUCUACGGUGUUAACAAGUUCUAUGACAACAUUGAGGAAAUGAUUGGCUACAGGCCCUGUCUGUGGUGGAAGGCCUGCUGGGUUGUUUUCACUCCUCUUAUUGUGGCGGGUGUCUUCUUGUUCAGUGCAGUGCAGAUGGUUCCUCUUACCAUGGGUGACUAUGUGUUCCCAGCGUGGGGACAGGGUGUCGGCUGGUUAAUGGCCCUCUCCUCCAUGAUCCUCAUCCCUGGUUACAUGGGCUACAUGUUCCUCACACUCAAGGGCACAUACAAAGAGCGUCUGCGAAUGAUGAUCAAGCCUUUGGUACUGGUGAAGGCUCAGGAAAACGGCCCGGAUCAGCAGACAGAAAACCAGAGUCAGAACCCUGCCAAUGAGGAAGCCUAUAUCUAGAAACUUCUGCCUGUCUCUCUGUACCACGGCCAGACUGGCGCUCAACACAGAAGAAACGUAGUCAAGGUUGGGAACGACCACCAGACUUCCAUGUCUGCUUUUAUUCACCUACCUCCUGGGGACACGUGAGACCAACCUGAUUACAGUUAUUUUUAGGGGUUUUUCGGUUUGUUUAUUUGUAAAAUACAGAGUUAUACGACUUAUGAGGAAAAACAAACUACCCAGCAAAGUUGUUGUGAUAUUAUGAAUUUCAUUAUGCAAAAAAAGUUAGUCUUUAUAGGAAAGGAAAUGUGACUUAGGAAAUUACUGUAUAUUGAAGAUAUAAUUUAAAUUUGGAGGCCCACAUUGAUUCAAUAGUAUUGUGCUACUUUGAAGAUAUUAAUUAAUCUACUAAACUACAGUUACUGUACAAAGAAAUAUAUUGGUUAAUGCAUUUUGCUUGUACAUGAAAUAAAUACAAUAAAAUGAAUGCAGUGUAGUAGAUAUAUAUAUAUAUAUAUAUAAAAAAUACAAUUUGAUAGAUUAAAGCUGAAAUUUGAAAAUUUAUCAAUUUAUAGCGAAGACAACAUGGGAAUGUGCAACAGGUAAGGCCAAAUCUGCUUGUAUGUAUAAAAUAUAUUCAGCUAGACUAUCACUCCCUUGCAGGAUCCUACAGUUCACCUGAAAUGUUUACCACCCAAUGUCUGGGGCUACCUUUGAAAAGCACAAGUACAGUAAGGAAUCUGAGGUGUCCAACGUCUUUUGGCUCUAUUGAAUCCUAUGACAACAGCAAAAAUAACUUACAUAGAAUACAUAGCAAGAGACUGUUAUAAUUGUUGUUUUUUUUUGUUUGUUUUCUACAGAACAAUAACUUUGUAUGUUAUCUGAAUCUUUUUUGUAGAAUCAUUUUUAGGUCGUUUUCUAUAUGUGAGAGUGAGAAGGACCAAAAUCAUCAGUGCAGAGUUUUCACCCAAUGAUUCCAUGUACAAUUAAAAUCAAACAUCCCCUUUUGUCUCACUUUAGAACUACAGGGUUGCAGAUCGAGUAUCCACCCACAAGCACAAUUGGAUUCUGUAAACUACAGCCUUUAAUAAGAUAUAAAGGUGUAGCUGUUACGGUAAUUCCACAUUUGCACUGUGUUUUUUGUGUACAACAAUAUGAAACAUGUCUACAUUUCUGCCUGAGAGGGAUUAUUUGUAGGUCAGUCCCUCUUUUAAUGACUGGUUAAGUGGAAAUAUAGUAGCUGCAAUAAGCCAAUAGUAGCCAAGUCACAUCUAAAUACGACAAAAGUGUAGGCUGCAGUGGCUGCUGCAAUGGAGACUACCUGAUGCAUUUCUAUAGCUACCACUAUACUGUCUGGAAGCAUCUAAGCCUACUUGUAUUUCUGUUUAGUAACCCAUGGCUCAGGAACAAAGGUGGAAGUGACCAAAUUCUCUCAGAUAUUAUUACCAUUACACGCUGAAACAAUUAUUGCUGUAUUUUAAAAAAAAAAGAAAUCUAUGGUCAAAUUCACAUCAUUAUUUUCAAUAUUCUCUUGGAGCAAUGCAUCACAAACACAAAAUCAAUAUAAAGGCAAUGAAAAACUUAGUAUACAUAUUACGGCACACUCAAAAGCUUAUCCAAAUUGUAGCCUCUUUUGUGUGCUCUUUUGCUAGCAUCAUUUCUUUCAGUGUAAAUGAACUGUGACGACCUUCUCUCUGUCAUUUCAGCUGAAGCCACAGUGUGCUUCUAUCCUGUGGCAAGUGCAGAUUUCUGCUAUCAGACUUAGAAAGAAAAACUUUGGCCCAGUCAGAGAAUAAAGG